GGCAGCGCUGUGCGCCCACUCUGCUGCUGCGCCCAGGCUCCGCUUCCAGGGCUCCGGCGACCUGCACGCCGCCAAGCGCGAGGCUGGGAAAGACCCUCCUCCCCUCUCCCACCUCCCUGCUCCCCUGCCCCACCUCCUGUGUGCACUGUCUGUGGGGAAAACCAGGCUUGGCUUUCCGAACCCAGGGAGAGAACCGAGGGACAGCCCCAUACCAAGGUUUCUGGAGACAUUCAGAGUCUCCCCAUUCACGGUGGCAGGAGCCUUCAGAAGAGAGAAGGGGUGCUUCCUGACUACCAAGCAGCCCCCAACCUGGAUGGAGUGAAAGAUGCGUCCCGAUGACAUAAACCCGAGGACUGGGCUGGUGGUGGCCCUGGUCAGUGUUUUUCUGGUCUUUGGCUUCAUGUUCACUGUCUCUGGCAUGAAGGGGGAAACUCUGGGGAACAUCCCUCUAUUAGCCAUCGGGCCAGCCAUCUGCCUACCAGGCAUCGCAGCCAUUGCCCUGGCCAGAAAAACCGAAGGAUGCACCAAGUGGCCAGAGAAUGAGCUACUCUGGGUCCGCAAGUUACCCUGUUUCCGGAAGCCCAAGGACAAGGAAGUGGUGGAACUACUGAGGACCCCCUCAGACCUGGAGUCCGGCAAGGGGAGCUCAGAUGAACUGGCUAAGAAGGCAGGCCUCAGAGGGAAGCCGCUCCCACAGGGGCCAGGUGAGGUGCCUAUGGCCAGCUCCAUUACCACCCCCACCCCCACAGAGGAAGGAGAAUGCCAGAGUUUAGUCCAGAGUGGGCGUCAGGAGGAGACGUCCAGAUAUCUGGACGGCUACUGCCCCUCGGGCAGUUCCCUCGCCUACAGUGCCUUGGACGUCAAGGGCUCAGCUUGGGACAGAGCUGACCGCCCCGAGCCCGAGGAUAGCAUCUUCUUUGUGCCCCAGGACAGUAUCAUCGUUUGCUCCUACAAGCAGAACAACCCUUAUGACAGAUACUGUUGCUACAUCAAUCAGAGCCAAGGCAGGUGGGACCACGAGACAAUAGUCUGAUCUGGGCAAACAAGGGUCCCAUGUUGACAGACACAUUGCUACACUCAGCUCCCAAUGGAAGAAAAUCUCUGCUCCAACAGCCUUCACGCUAUUAGAAACUGGCAUGGUAUGUGACGGGGUGCAGACCUCUGGUGCCUGAUACUCGUGUAAAUAGGCAUGUAGGGGGGCAUAUUUUAGGGGAGUACUGGGAAUUACUUCUCAUUAGGGAGGAGGCAGUAAGUAGGAAAGAAAGUUCCAUUUGCUUCUGAACAAUUUAAACAAUGUUGAAUGCUUUGUAAAACAGCCCCCAAAAUUCUAGGAAGCCCCUGGUGACAGCCAGGGACGUAUAGUGAGCCAGGUAUCAAAUGUUGCAGGGGCUGUCCACACAGAAGCUGGCUGCUUUGUGUCUGAAGAAAGUGAAGGAAAAUUUGUGUUCUUUUACACAAAAUGAGUUUUGCCUGUUGGAAAUGUUGAAAAGCUUUUCACGUAUGGCAAUGGCUGAAAGAGAUAAACAUUGAGAUAAACAGGGAACCCUCCUUCGACGGGAUAGAGUUUGGAGGAAGGGGAGUUAAAAGGAGUUGGAAUGUAUGAUGAGUCCUGGCCUCUGGUUUCAAAUAAAGUGUUGACUAUGUUAUGUGAACUCUUAGACUCUCCAUUCGAGUUGGUUUGCUGGGACCUUAUCUGAAGUUUUUAAAUAUUUAUUAACACUCUUGUAUUUCCUUACCAGGUGCAAAGUGACUUGAUGUAAUAUUUUCAUAGAUUAGAAUUUCUUUUUAUCAAGACAAAACAAAUUUUACAUAUGUAUGUCUAUCUAAGUGUCUUCAACGUUUCUGAGAGGCAUGUACUAGGAAUUACUAUAUGCCUUUUAGAACAUGAAACUACAGAGUCAAUUAAUUAGUCCUGAUCAUUAUGAAAAAAUGUGUAUGAAAUGCAAUGGUUAAGCCUUUGGAAAUGCUCUUGUCUGUACAUUUGUCCGACCACCUCAACAAUGACUGUAAUGCCAAUGAAACAAGAAUUAGAUUUAAUGGAAGCUCAUAUUUUAUUUUAUUAAGCUCACUGGACCAGUGAAAUUUACAUGAUAAAAAUCUCAUUAUUUCCUACUAUUUUUUGUGGUUGAGGGAAAAAAACAUCAUAUUGGUAUCCUGAAAUUUAUUUCCUAUUUCUCUUGCUUAAUUGCAAAAGAUAAAAAGAAUAAUCAGCUGAAAUGUCAUUUUAUCCCUCUUGUAGAAUAAUUGCAUUUAUAGGAAUAGUGAUAGAUUUAGUCUUGAAAAUUAGGAUUAUUUUAUGCCCUUCAGUGAAUUUCAAUUGUAAUUAUUACACCAAGUAUUAGUCACUGUCUCCCAAAAAGUGAAUUGAGAACAAAAAAUUGGAGGGGGUGGCUUACCUCAUCUAUGUAUUUCAAGUUCAACUCUGUGAUUCCUAAGCCAAUUGUCCUUUAUUAAAAAUUAUGCUCUUACAAGUCAUAAUUUUUUAAUGAUGUUUAAGAUCAAAAGUAUGUCGUCUUUUUAGUCAGGCCUCACUGUCAGGAAAUGAGAUGUGUGAUCUUGGACAAAGUUCAUCUUCCAACACCUCAGUUUCCUACUCUAUGGAAAAGGAAUGGGGGAAGACCGAUUUACACUAAAUUGUUUCCAUCCUUCAUUUCCAGGUAGGAUAUUCUAAAACAUUAAAUCAAAGGAACUGUAUGUUGCAGGAAGUAAGCUACAGAAAAAUGCAUGCCCAUGUUAUGCAAUACACGAUCAAAACCAUGCAAUGUGGAUUAAACUGCUACCAUUCAAAAGAAUUGUGUAGAUAUAUGAAAGCCGAUGUAUUCUAUUACUAAAUAUUAUGUAUUAGACACCAAUAUGUUCCUGGCCAUAAAACUGAAAAGACUGAGGGUAGAUAUUUUUGAAGAAAAAGUGUUUUAAUGUUGAUGAAUCCCAAAACAAUCUGCCAUACAGUUUUGCACGCUGAGCGACUGUCUCUAGAACUGAGCUGGUGAGGGGUGGGUUCCGAAAUCACAGUAUUGUUUUGAAGGCAGAAAAUAAUGUUUAGGGUGAGAAGAUUAUUGGAAAUGCAGUAACCAAAGUUUUCUCUGAUGUGCUUGCCACUGUUGGCAUUGUCAGAAGCAAGGGGGAGAGACAAGUGUUUGUAUGGGCUCAGUGAGUCUUACAUGGGUCUGAGGGAGGGGACUGGAAUGUCCACUAAGAUUAGGAAUUUGGAGAAGGUGCCUUCUGGAAACAGUUUAGAAUUUUUCCCUUAAUGUGUACAUAUGUGCAGAGUCCCAUUUCCAAAUCAAGGGUCAAAUACUGACUUAGAGAUAUAAGCUAUUUUUAAUCACAUUUUCAAGUUGUAUUUCAGAAAAAAAUUCUUCCAUUUACCUAUUUAAAAUAUGGGAGCUCUCUAAGUAUACACUUGUGGAUACAUUUUCCUGUGCCAAAAGAAUGAUUUUCAGAUGUUGGGCUGAGAGAUUUAACUUUCUUUACCCAAAGAAUAAAAUGUGAGUUGUGA